AGCUGAGCAACUUUCCUCCUGAGUGCUGCCUGCCGGCUGGGCGGCCAGGAGACAAGCAGGCAAGAGGCAGAGCAGCAGCCCACACAGGGGACCCUGAGCCGCCCUUCUGAGAGGUCUGCACCUCCUGGGAGAGGAUGGGUCUCCAGGACGAGGGUCCCUAGUGGAUGGCUCUGCGGAUGCUCCUGAGGCUGUGCCAUCCCCCUGCCGAGCAGGUCAGAGGGUCACUGCAGAGGCUGCUCGUGGUCCCGGGGCUGGGGCCAAGGGAGCCUGCACCGGAGACCCAUGUGGAACCCAAGGACACAGCCGCCCUGCUGAGCGCGCGAAGGCCCACCCCUGGAGACGGUGACCUCACGUCGGUGGCCCUCGGCCCUCCACCUCUGGCUGGGGCGGGGGCCGCCCAUCUCCGAGUCCUCAGCCAUGACGACCUCAGCACUGCGGCGGCAGGUGAAGAACAUUGUGCACAACUACUCUGAGGCGGAGAUUAAGGUGCGAGAGGCCACCAGCAACGACCCGUGGGGUCCGCCCAGCUCGCUCAUGUCGGAGAUUGCCGAUCUGACCUUCAACACGGUGGCCUUUGCCGAGGUCAUGGGCAUGCUGUGGCGGCGGCUCAACGACAGUGGCAAGAACUGGCGGCACGUGUACAAGGCGCUGACGCUGCUGGACUACCUGCUGAAGACGGGCUCCGAGCGGGUGGCCCACCAGUGCCGGGAGAACCUCUACACCAUCCAGACGCUCAAGGACUUCCAGUACAUCGACCGUGACGGCAAGGACCAGGGCGUCAAUGUGCGCGAGAAGGUCAAGCAGGUGAUGGCCCUGCUCAAGGACGAGGAGCGCCUCCGGCAGGAGCGGACCCAUGCCCUCAAGACCAAGGAGCGCAUGGCACUGGAGGGUACAGGCAUCGGCAGCGGGCAGCUGGGCUUCAGCCGCCGCCAUGGCGAUGACUACAGCCGCUCUCGCGGUUCCCCAUCCUCCUACAACUCCUCCUCCUCAUCCCCCCGCUACACCUCUGACCUGGAGCAGGCCAGGCCCCAGACAUCAGGAGAAGAGGAGCUGCAGCUGCAGCUGGCCUUGGCCAUGAGCCGCGAGGAGGCUGAGAAGGAGGUGAGGUCCUGGCGAGGAGACGACUCCCCUGUGGCCAAUGGUGCUGGGGCUGGGGUCCACCGUCGGCAGGACAGAGAGCCUGAAAGAGAAGAGAAACAGGAGGAGGAGAAGCUAAAAACCAGCCAGUCCUCCAUCCUGGACUUGACGGACAUCUUCGCACCAGCCCCAGCCCUGCCCUCCACACACUGCUCUGCUGACCCAUGGGACAUCCCAGGUCUCAGGCCCAACACAGAGCCCAGUGGCUCGUCCUGGGGGCCUUCUGCAGACCCCUGGUCUCCAGUCCCCUCGAGAAGCAUCCUGUCCCACAGCCAGCCCUGGAACUUGCCCCCUAUGCUCUCCUCCUCUGAGCCCUGGGGCCGGACCCCUGUGCUUCCUGCUGGACCACCCACCACAGACUCCUGGGCACAGAACUCCCCCCACCACAAACCCCCCAACACUGGGGCCGACCCCUGGGGGGCCUCAGUGGAGACCUCCAACACACCUGUGCUAGGUGGUACCUCGACCUUUGACCCAUUUGCCAAACCUCCAGUACCCAAAGAGACCAAGGAGGGGCUGGAGUGUGCCCAAGCCCUGCCCUCUGGGAAGCCCAGCAGUCCUGUGGAGCGGGACCUAUUUGGAGACGCAAUCCCCAGUUCCAAGCAAAAUGGCACAAAGGAGCCAGAUGCCUUCGACCUGGGUGUACUGGGGGAAGCACUAACCCAGCCCAGCAAGGACACCCGAGCAUGCCGGACUCCUGAGUCUUUCCUGGGCCCCUCGGCCUCCUCCUUGGUCAACCUUGACUCAUUAGUCAAGGCGCCCCAGGUUGCAAAGACUCGGAACCCCUUCCUAACAGGUCUCAGCGCUCCAUCCCCCACCAACCCGUUCGGCGGGGGCGAGCAGGGCAGGCCGACCCUGAACCAGAUGCGCACCGGGUCUCCAGCGCUGGGCCUGGCGGCCGGCGGGCCGGUCGGAGCGCCCUUCGGUUCCAUGACCUACAGCGCCUCCUUGCCACUCCCGCUCAGCAGCGUGCCGGCCGGCGUGACUCUCCCCGCCUCGGUCAGCGUCUUCCCACAAGCCCGCGCCUUCACGCCGCCGCCCCCAGGGAGCUUGCAGCAGCCGCUGCUGCCCACGUCCGGCUCCGCGGGGCCGCUCCAGCCGCCCCCGCAGGCCGGCACCAACCCCUUUCUUUGAGCACCGCCCGGCCCUGGGCCGGCCA